AAAUCAUUUCGCGUAGACGCCUGCGAAGUGUCGUCUUCCGGUCGCCUCCUGACCGUGUCCACCUGGAAGAUGGGGCAGUGGUACUCCAGUCUCCGGGCAAUAUUCGACGCCGAGCUUGGGGAAUGGAGGGUAAAUCGACCCAGCGAUGUGGAUUCGAGGUUCGAGGAUGCUAAGGGGGAGUAGCUGCCCAUCGUCUAUAAGAUCGCCAGAUAUGUAAAUAAUAAGUCAGGCCAAGCUCUGCCGAGUUGCCUUAGCUGCGUCCUUCCCGCUCAUCUGGAUUUGUACCGGUACAUUCGUUUACAUUCACAUUUGUGUCAUUCGUUAACAGCCAUGAUUCCGUCGGUCCUCAUUCUUUCCCUCGGCGCCCUGGCGGCGGCCAACCCGCUCCCCGCCAAGCGCGCGAGCUGCACCUUCACCGACGCUGCGUCUGCCAUCAGCGGCAAGAAGAGCUGCAGUACUAUCACCCUCAAGGACAUCACAGUCCCCGCCAAAACCAUAUUGGAUCUGACGAAGCUUAACGACGGCACCAAGGUCAUCUUCUCCGGCAAGACCUCGUUCGGGUACGAGGAGUGGGACGGCCCUCUCAUCUCUGUCUCUGGCAACAACAUUCACGUUGAAGGCGCUCCCGGCCACGUCAUCGACGGUAACGGCGCCAAGUGGUGGGAUGGCAAGGGCAGCAAUGGCGGCAAGAAGAAGCCCAAGUUCUUCUACGCCCACAGCAUGAAGAACUCGGUCAUCAAGGGCCUCAAUGUGAAGAACACACCCGUGCAGGCAUUCAGCAUCAACGGUGCUACCAACCUCGAAGUGUACGACGUCACCCUCGACAACUCGGCCGGCGACUCGCAGGGCGGCCACAACACCGACGCGUUCGACGUUGGCUCCUCCACCGGCGUCUACAUCUCGGGCGCUGUCGUCAAGAACCAGGACGACUGCCUGGCCAUCAACUCCGGCACCAACAUCACCUUCACCGGUGGCUCGUGCAGCGGCGGCCACGGCCUGUCCAUCGGCUCGGUCGGCGGGCGGAAGGACAACACGGUCAAGACGGUGCGCAUCCUCAACUCGUCCAUCAGCAACUCGCAGAACGGCGUGCGUAUCAAGACGGUCUACGGCGCCAAGGGCUCCGUGUCGGACGUCGAGUACUCGGGCAUCACGCUGUCGGGCAUCACCAAGUACGGCAUCGUCAUCGAGCAGGACUACGAGAACGGCUCGCCCACCGGCAAGCCGACCAGCGGCGUCCCCAUCACCGACCUGACCGUCAAGGGCGUCACUGGCAGCGUCAAGUCGAGCGCCACCGACGUCUACAUCCUCUGUGCCAAGGGCGCCUGCUCCAACUGGAAGUGGUCUGGUGUCAGCGUCACUGGCGGCAAGAAGUCCUCCAAGUGCUCCAACGUCCCCAGCCCUGCCGCUUGCUAGAGGAGCUAUGUGGACUUGAUGUUGUUUUACUGCCGCUGAAG